AUGGAGGGCUCUGGUGCCUCGUCUGGGAAACCGGCUUGCGCCAUGGAUCACAAAGCCACCCACAACCCGGAAGCAGCCGUGUCAUCUGCAGCAGACGCCGAGUACAUCAAUGCGUCUGGACACGUUCAGGAACUCCGUCGAAACUUCAGCCUCUUCUCUUUGGCUGGAAUCGGCCUGGUCGUGGGCAAUGUGUGGCCGGCCAUCGGUGGUUCUAUCCUGGUGGCCAUCUUCAACGGCGGACCACCGGGCGUUCUCUACGAGUUCAUGGCCGUCUCCGUCUGCUACUGGAACGUGGCCGCCAGCAUUGCCGAGCUCGCCAGCUCCAUGCCGUCGUCGGCCGGCGUGUACCACUGGGCCUCGGUGACGCCUGGGAAGCGCUGGGGCAGGCCGCUUGGCUUCUUUGCCGGGUGGUGGAAUUACUUCGCCUGGCUGCUGGGCGCCGCGAGCAUGACGUCCAUCUUUGGCAAUACCAUUGUGCAAAUGUACGCCGUCAUGCAUCCCGGCUUCGUGGCCAAGCAAUGGCACGUCUUUGUCGCCUACGUCCUCUUCACCUGGCUCGCCUGCCUCUCCGUCAUCUUUGGCAACCGCCUGAUGCCGGGGCUGAACCGCGCCGGCGCCUUUUGCAUAGUCGCCUUCUUCCUGAUCACCGUCGUCGUCGUCACAACCGUGCCCGGGCUGGAGGGCCACCCCGGCCACGCCUCGUCGGCGUUUGUGUGGACACAGUGGACGGCAGACAUUGGCUAUCCCGACGGAUUUGUCUUCCUGGCGGGCAUGCUCAACGGCGCGUACAGCGUUGGGCCGGUCGACGCCGUGACGCACCUGGCCGAGGAGAUUCCGCACCCAGAGAGGAACGUGCCGCUCGCCAUUGCCAUGCAGGUGUCGAUUGGGUUCGUGACCGGGCUUGCGUACCUGGUGGCGGUCCUGUACGCCAUCAACGACUACGACGGGCUGCUGCAGUCGCAGUAUCCCAUUGCCGAGAUAUACCGACAGGCCACGGGCUCCAACGCGGGCGCGUGUGCCCUGCUGUCCAUGAUCCUCGUCACGAUAUCCUUCACCGUGCUGGGGCUGCACAUUACAUGCGGCCGGACUCUCUGGGCGCUGGCCCGCGACGGAGCCACGCCCAUGCAGGACAAGCUCAUGCAGAUUAGUCCCAGGCAGCAUAUACCCGUCUACACGACCGUUGUUUCUGCCGUCCUGACGACCCUUCUUGGCGCCAUCUACGUUGGGAGCACGACUGCCUUUAACGCCUUUGUCAGCGGCUUCAUCCUGCUCUCCAGCAGCUCGUUUGUCGCUUGCAUCUUGCCAAAUAUCCUGACGGGGAGGAAGAACAUGCGCUACGGGCCCUUUAGACUCGGGAGAGUUGUCGGGUUCCUUGUCAAUGGCGUUUCUUGUCUUUAUCUGCUGGUCUGGGGCGUCAUUUACACGUUUCCGCCGACUCUGCCCACCAGUGCGGAAACCAUGAACUACUCGUCUCUGAUUUGGGGAGGGCUUACUAUUUUCGUGGCCGUUUUGUGGUUUUUCAAAGCUAGUAAGGGCUAUCGCGGGCCGUUGCAGGACGAUCUGUGA